AUGAGUAUUUCCUCUCUGCCGUUGUCUAUAUCGCUGAACCCAACCUCGGAGCAAACGUCGUUCUCGGAGGACGAUAGCGAUAUUGAGAGUUCUGGAAGCUUGGAACAUCUGCCUGAUUUACCAUACGAAUAUAAACAACUAGAUGAUGAGGAAGAGGUGGAGAGACGUCAGAAAAUGGUGGACGAGUUUUGGGAGAAGGAAGAGGUUGGAGGGAAGAGAAGGGGUGUUAAGGUAAGGUUUUUGAUUUAAAAAUAAAAAAAAAUUUUAAUUUUGUUUCCAAUUUUAAAAUCAACAUUAUAUUUCUUUUGUUUCAGACUCUUCACUUGAACGGCCGUCUUCGGCCCAAACUUCAUUACAAGUUCUGGUUUGAUCGAGUACAUCGCAAAAAGGACGGGAAAGUAACAACAACUACUGAAUCUACGAAGGAUUCAAAAUCUACAGAAUCUGAUUCAUUAGAGAAUUGGGAGGAUGAAUCUGAUACUCCACUCACUACCUCAAGUAAUGGCCGUCAAAAUGAUAAAGAAUACAGUACCUCAGCUGAUACCCAAACUAGUGCCGAAUCAACUCAAAGCCAAGAGUAUCAAGAGUCAACGAGUUUGGAUUCUAUUCCCCUAAUAACGCCUUCAUCUGAUGCCUCAUUGAUUGAAACUGGCACAUUAUCUGACAUUUCAAGUACCGCUUACAAUAAUUCAUCCAAUUUUGAAGACUAUGUUGAGUAUGACACUUCUUCUGAUACCCAGAUUGAUAGUUCAUCCAAUGCUGAAGACUAUGUUGAGUAUGACACUUCUUCUGAUACCCAGAUUGAUAGUUCAUCCAAUGCUGAAGACUAUGUUGAGUAUGACACUUCUUCUGACACCCAGAUUGAUAGUUCAUCCAAUGUUGAAGACUAUGUUGAGUAUGACACUCCUUCUAAUACCCAGGUUGGCAGUGAAUCCCUUCUGAACGAUGGAGGUCUGUCUUCAUCUGAUUCGGCAUCUGAAGUUGUGGAAUUAAGUUCACAUGGGGUCUCAACUGUGGUUUAUUAUACCUCAUUGAAAAGUCAGAAUUAUGAUGAAGAUGAUGCCUUGUUUGAUACCCAAAAUGAAGCUUCUACUGCUUCAGAUGGUGAAGGAGAUGAAGCUUCUACUGCUUCUGAUAUUGUCCAAACUGAAGCUUCAACUACUAACCUAAAUGGAGCGACUGAUACCCAAAUUUAUUACUCAUUUACUGCCUCGUCUAUUACCCAAAAUGAUGACCUAUCUACUGCUCUAUCUAUCACCCAAAGUGAUGUAUCAGAUCCCCAAAAUGCCAUUUAUGAAGACCUGAAAACUGACGAAGAAUCCGGCUUCUCCCAACCAAGUCUAUACGAAAGCAAUUCCAGCACCGAAUCUCUUCGUGACGUCUACAACGGCUUCAGAAUCCAGAAUACGACGAAAGAAAUAGUGAAUACAGAAGACCAGAAACUGUCUUUCAUCUUGAACAAUACGAAAUUGGAAGAAUAUCAAGAAGAAACCAAGAUUAAGAAGAUUGAGGAGAGUGAAUGUUGA